AUGGGGAUUCAUCUAUUUUAGGUUGACAGAUUACAUUUUCAUACCGAGGCUAUAAAGAAGUGAGUCUUUAAGAGGCACAGAGGAACAAAUAACCUGGAUUUACGCUCACAUCAUCAUCGUCCGAUGCGGGAUCUAAAGAAGACAGAUAAGAAAAUGGAAAUGUUUUGUAAGAGGCUGCCAGGACGACAGCAGAAAUUCAUACUCCUCAUCUUUUACCUUCAUCUGUGGUACAGGCCUAUAGCUGAAGCGAUUCAUCCGGACUGCGCCAUCGUCUCCCAGCACCUGCGGGCUCGGGAGGUUUGUAGCCAGACCAGGAGAAGUGAAGCGCAAAACCAGACCGACCACAGCGGAUGUAACACAGAGUGGGACGACAUCGGAUGCUGGCUGAGAGCUGAAGUCGGGCAGGUGGUCAACGUAUCCUGCUCUGAAGUCUUCCAGCAUUUCUCCAGCAAUCAAGGGUUUGUUUACAGGAACUGUACUGUUGCUGGCUGGUCAGAAAUGUAUCCACCCUACGUGGAGGCGUGUGCUUUCAGUGAUGACAGCGAGCCUGAAUCUGAGACGAAUUACCUCUCUACGUUCAGACAGGUUUACACUGUGGGCUAUGCCACCUCGCUCAUCUCCCUCAUUACAGCCAUAGUGGUGUUUACAGCCUUCAGAAAGUUCCGCUGCACCAGAAACUACAUCCACAUCAACCUGUUCUCCUCCUUCGUCCUGAGAGCCAGCGCUGUUUUCAUUAAAGACACUGUGCUCUUUGCUGAUGAGACCCUGGACCACUGCUCCGUGUCCACGACAGCAUGCAAGUCAGCCGUAGCUUUCUUCCAGUUCAGCAUCUUGGCCAAUUACUUCUGGUUGCUGGUGGAGGGCAUGUACCUGCAGACCCUGCUGGCCCUGACCUUCGUCUCUCAGAGGAAAUACUUUUGGUGGUACAUCCUGAUUGGAUGGGGGCUCCCGUCAACAGUUCUUAUACUUUGGGUGUUGACCAGAUUCUUCUAUGAUGACAGAGGUUGCUGGGACGACACAGACAAUGUUGGUAUUUGGUGGAUUAUUAAAGGACCAAUAACAGCCUCGCUGCUGGUCAACAUAGUCAUCUUCAUCAACGUGAUCCGGAUUCUGGUUCAAAAGCUUAAAUCUUCAGCCAUGGCCGGGAACAAUGACACUGGACAUUUUAUGAGGCUGGCUAAAUCCACCCUGUUCCUCAUCCCUCUGUUUGGGAUGCACUACACAGUAUUUGCCUUCCUGCCUGAGAACACUGGAGUGGCAGCCAGACUCUACAUUGAGUUGGGGCUGGGAUCCUUUCAGGGUUUUGUGGUGGCACUACUUUACUGUUUCAUGAAUGGUGAGGUCCAAACAGAGCUGCGGAGAUGGCUGUGGAAGUGUCACAAUCAAAAUCAUCUCACCCCAGCCAAGCGAAGUAUCACUCAGAUCACAAUUCAAGCCCGCGGGGGGCUCAGGCGGCCUCCUUCUAGCGGCAACAUCUCUUCAGUAUGAUUUUAAGAGACCAUCCAUGAGAGAAAAGGUUGUUGUGAGUCCUCAAAGCUCAACCUACUGAUGAUAUUAAUUCAACAAAUCCUCUGUGAGCGGCCCAUAAUGAACACUGGUGAGUGAUUGAAGAAAUGUUGUGUCAGGAUGCAUUAUAUCAGCAGCAGCUACGACCAUGACAGCCCAUUGCAGAGCUUAAUCACAGUGUGGUCUGUCCUCUAUAAUGGUUGCAACCAAGAAAUACUAAAACGUAAAGGAAAUCUGGUGCUUGAUUUGUGAAAGGAUGUCAAGGUGAAACUGUGGAAAGACGGGACCACAGAAGAGACUGAGCUGGACCUGAGCUUGUAGGAGGAUGAUUUCACAUGUUUACAGUUUGGGCCACAAAAACGAGCAAUUGUUGAGGGAUUAUAUAUGACAGCUGUGGAAACAAUGGAUGUUUGAACUUGGCUAAAUUAUGCGAAACAGGCUUGACUUGUCUAAUUGUUCUGUGUUGCACUGAACAGUAGCAGUUGCAUUAUUUCGGUGCAGGCUGAAAAUAUGUGUAGGACUGAUCUGGACCGAAUGUGCUAAUUGAUUUCUAAGCAGCAAUUCACCUGCUGUAUGACGGACAGAUGGACCAGAGCGAAUGUAUUUCAUGUUGUGUGUUUGUUUGAGUGUGUGAAGCUGCCAUAUAUUGGGUACGUCAUGUCUUAAAAUACUUCUUAUCUUGAGGAGUUGUCUCUUUUGAUGAGCCAUAUUUGAAACACGGUAUUUGUGAAUAUUUAUAAGCUUGUUUUUUCUUUAUCUGUCAUUUUUUUAUGUGGUUGCCAGAUGUGAUUAUCCUAAUUUUUUGGCACAUUUGUUGCACUGCAGGAGAUACCAAAUUGAUACGAAACGGGGUGCCAGGCAUUUACAUCAAAAUGGUACUGUAUAACUAGACUAAGCAUUUCAAAUGACACAGUGAGAUAAGAUACACAAUGUGUUUGUGUCCAGUGUUUUUAAAGCUCAAGAUUUCACCAAUAUGCAGGUUGCCCACCAUUUGAUGAUGGUGGUGGAGAAAAAAAUCGGAUCAGUUCAUCUCUAGUGGUUUUUUUUGUUUUUUUACUGUACUGUACCAUUAAGCACUUUGACUGUCAUUGUCAGUACACAAUAUGAUUUAAUAAUGCACUUUAUUUUACAUUGACUUACACUGUAUUUCCAUUGUUCUUGCAGAUCUAGUAAGGAUUGGCCUGUGUAGAGAAAUGCACGGUAAUAAAUGAAACAUCUGUGGUUUGAGAAGUA